GGGCGGGGUCUCUGACAGUUGAUGCCGGAAGUGCCUCUCCGUCCGUGCCACUGGACCAUGGAGACUGUGUCCCAGUAGGCGCCGUGGUGUGAGGCUUGCAGAGGCGGUGGCUAUGGAGGCCGUCCUGAACGAGCUGGUGUCUGUGGAGGAUCUGAAGAAGUUCGAAAAGAAAUUUCAGUCCGAGCAGGCAGCUGGCUCUGUGUCGAAGAGCACACAGUUUGAGUAUGCCUGGUGCCUGGUGCGAAGCAAAUACAACGAUGACAUCCGUAAAGGCAUCCUGCUGCUGGAGGGCUGCAGCAGCCACACAAGUGCUGGGAUUACAG